AUGAAUUAUCUCAUAAAAUUUGAUUUUUUUUCAUCCCAUUUUAAUUUUUACUUGACAAACAAAUAAAAUAAAAGAGGGACAUUUUAAGGAGCACUAAUAUCACUUUCGAUCUUAGUAGUAGUGCUUAGUUAUUUCAUAUAUCUCAUUCUUCAGUUCUUUAAUAACUAAAUUGAUCCGAAGUUUAGAUCUUAGAUUUUUGUCACAGAUGAGCCAACUGAAAUAUCUCUUCGAAGUGACUUAUUAGCUUUCUAUUACUAGGUAGAUACAUAAUAUUCUUUAGAUACAUUUUAAGCAUAAAAUAAUAAAACUUAUCUGGUUCCAAUAGCAUUUUUGAUUUAUCCUAAUCAAAAUAAUAAUAUGCAUAUUUAACUCAACUUCACUGAAUGUUCAAGUGCUAAUCUUUAAGGAUAUAAAUGCCUUGAUUUUUCUAACGUAUCUAAUUAUAGCUUGAUUUUAGAUGGGAAAUAAAAUAAUUAUUCUUAAAUAUAUUUGCUUUUUUACCCUUGUCCUGUUAUUGAUGAUUUUAAAACAACUAUGCCAGAUAACUGUGCUAAUUAAACUGAAAUAGAAAAUUUGGUGAAUAGAGAUGCGGCAGGAUUAAAUUUAAAGCUUUAAACCUCCUAAUUUAAUAUAACUUCAUAACAAAACUAAGUCAAUUAUAUGAAUAAAUAUAUUUUUACAGAAUCAAAUUUUUAUGUUUUAAACACUUUAAAUAUAUAAUAGCAAAAAACAAAAGUAAGCAAAGGUCUUAUUAUUUAAUCAGAAUCAUAAUAUUCUGGUCCUAUUAACUAUAAUCAAUAAAAUAAUAUAUUUGGUAAUAAAUUUAAUUAACCUUACAUAUAGAUAACAUUGUAAAUGGAUUAAGUUGUAUAAGAAAUAUCUAUUUAAUACCCUACUCUUCCUGAAAUUUUAGCCUUGGUUAAUUCUACUUUUGCUCUGUUUCUUACUUUAGGAUUUAUUUUUAGAAGUGUGGCUUAAAAAGAAAUACUUAAAGAUUUUUUCUGCAUCUUUCUAUAAAAUAUAUAUUAAGAUACAUAUCAAGAGGCAUUGAAAAAAAAUAAUUUGUUUGAAUAGAAAAUUUAAAACUAAUAAAUACAAACUGAAGAAGAUUAGCAAUAACAAGAUGAGAUUAAUUUAUUUGAAAAAUAAUCAACAAAUAAUUCUUAAUUACCUUAAUUUUCUUCAAAGUUUAUUAGUUUUUUAAAAUAAAAUACAUUAAAACAUAUUAAUAGCUCAAAUAUCAUAAAUUAAAAAGAUGAAGUUAAAGAAACCAUUGAAUGUAAUUUCAAUAAUGAGAGUUAAAUUUCUUCUAUCGAAAAUUCUUUAUAAAAAUUUACCUUGACUUAAAAUAAAAAGAUAAGGUAAUAAUGUGAUCCAAGUAAAACUUUUUACAGUUAAAAUAAAACAUAAUUAAGCUUAAGUUAAAUUAAAUCACCUGAACUCUAAAAACGAAAAUUUAGUGAAGGAAAAAAUUUAAGUUUAAAAAAUGGAAAUUCUAUAAAAUUUAAAGAAAUAUUAGGAGAGUAAAAAAAUUAAAUUAAACUUGCAAGCAGUCCUGAGGAUAUUUCUAUUUAGCUAAGAAACAUAAAAGAUAAAGAUAUAAUGUAGAAAGCCAAAAGAAUUAUUUUUGAAAAGAGGAAAACUAAGAUAUGGUCAUUAGUGAAAUAGUUAUGGAAUAAAAUAAGAUUAUGUAUGAAAAAAAAGAAAAUAGUUCAAGAUGAAAAAAACUAAUUUUAAAUAAAGAAGAGAGUAAUAGAAUAAUAAGUAAGUGAGUAACUUAAUAUCUUAGAUUUAAUAAAAGAUAUACUCUUUAUUAAAAAAUCUAUCAUGAUUCUCUUAAGCAAAGAGCAAUUAGCUGCAAUUUAGCUAGCAGGGUAUUCAUCAUAAUAUUUAAGAUAUGAAAGCAGUUCAUUUAAAAACACAAAAUAAACAAAAUUUAGGCACAAAAACUACUUAGAAGAGCAGUAAAAUAUCCUAGAUUCUUGUGAUUUACAAUGCAAAUAUAUCAAAAAGUUUUUUUAGAAAUCCUAAAAUGGCAAUUUUAGUGAAUUAGAUAUUAAUCAUAGGAUAUUAUCUACAAUGAAUUAUAAUUAAAAAAUAAAAUAAUGA